AUCAUUCCUAUAGGCCUUGUGUCUUCUUCGUCAUAUAUAUAUUAUGAUUCAUUUCUCUGUUAUUGAAUAUUUUGUGUGUCAAUCUAGUCGUGAACAAAUAUGCGCCUUUUACUGGUCUCAAUUGCUCUUUUUAUUGGCUCUACAAGUGCGAUUAACUUGAUCGGAAGAACACAAUGGGCAGCAGCAAAAGGAAAACUUAUGUGUGAAGGAAGGCCUGCAUCGGGAGUGAAAGUCAAAUUAAUGGAAUCUGACAAUAGUUUCCUGCCGGGAUUUCUUGACAGAGAUGAUAAGAUGGCAUCAGGAAAGGCUGACUCAAAUGGAGAAUUCAAUUUGAGUGGAUCUACCAAGGAAAUCACCGGAAUCGAGCCAUAUUUGGCUGUUUUCCAUGAUUGUAAGGACGGAAUUACGCCGUGCCAAAGAGUCCUCCGCAUCAAUAUUCCAAAAUCUUACGCCAACUGGGGAAGUUCUGCAGAGAAAACAUUUAAUGCUGGAAAUCUCGAACUUGCUGGAAAGUUUCCAGGAGAAACUAGAAGUUGUUUCAAUUGAUUGGUAUAUUAUAAAUGCUUUUUGAAAAAAAAUUGAGAAGUAGUUAUGAAAAAUAAUAAAAUAACUAUUUACAAAUUUUCUAUUAAACUGGAACGUAUUU